GCUUGAUCAAUCCUUGUAAUUUUGAGAAAGCUUAUCAAGAAAGAUUACCCCUCCGGGGGCUUUUGCUGGGGUUUUUAUUAUAAUGCUAACAAAGAGAGUUAAAUUUGAGAAAGCCGUCCCUGCGAGCUCGCGCUCAUUUAAACCACAAUAUUAUUUUUCCUCUUUUGUCUCAUUUCUGCUUUAAAGUUUUACUUUUACACCCACAUUCUACAUUUAAAACAAAAAUGCUUUCGGCUACCACACGCCAGACAUCCCGGCGCAUCGCAAAGAGCAACGUGUUCCGCACCCAAGCAAUCACAUUGCAGCGGUUCAAAUCCACCACCAGCAGCACUGCGCAGAAGACACCCACGACGACCGAGCCCAAUUCAGCCGUUGUAAUGCAGCAGGCGCCCAACCGCGAGACCACGUGGUCGAGUGACCAGCGUCCACGCUCGGAAGUUAUUUUGGACCCGCGUUUCGUCCAGGCCGACCUGGAGGCUCAGCCGCGCCCGAUGGCUGCCAUUGAGCUCAUUGCCGAGGAGCCCGUGCGCAUGGUCGACCAGCGCUUGGCUUGCUGCGACGGAGGUGGUGGUGCCCUGGGCCAUCCCCGCGUAUGGAUUAACCUCGAUGAGGGUAACCCUGAGAGCUGCGGUUAUUGCGGUCUGCGCUUCCAGAUGAAGCCCCAUCACCAUUAAGUGGACUCUGGAAAGACCAAAUCAAUUUUUUUACUAGGCUACUACUUCAAUUAUAUACACGUAUCUACAAACACACUCGUAUUUAUUGAAACACGCCAUUGUACACACUCAAUCGUCUGAUACUGGCAGAGUGCAUCAAGCGCCUUUUUUUGCGAGCAAGCGAUCGCAUUCGUCUUUUGAACACUUAUUUUGACCAGCUGUGAAUCACGUGUGAUUUAUAUUAUUUUCAAAAGGUGUGUGCCGCUUUUUGCUCUUUUAAGGCUUGUUUUGGUUUUCCGCCUGCGAAAUAUCAACGCUUCC